AUGGCUCUGGAAUGGGUUGUGUUAGGCUACGCAGCGGCGGCUGAAGCAAUCAUGGUGAUCCUCUUGACGAUGCCUGGACUCGACGCUCUCCGCAAAGGAUUGAUCGCCGUAACUCGUAAUCUCUUGAAACCGUUCCUCUCGAUUAUCCCUUUUUGUCUCUUCCUCUUAAUGGAUAUCUAUUGGAAGUACGAAACUCGACCUUCCUGCGACGGCGAUUCGUGUACUCCUUCCGAGCAUCUCCGUCACCAGAAAUCGAUCAUGAAGUCCCAGCGUAACGCGCUUUUAAUCGCAUCUGCUCUUGUUUUCUACUGGAUUUUGUACUCCGUCACCAAUCUCGUCGUCAGGAUCGAACAGCUUAACCAGCGAGUCGAGAGGCUUAGGAACAACAGGGGUUGA